CGUCAAGUCGUCUUAUUGGCACACGGCUGAAAGGAGGGGUUGCCACGUUGCUACAGUUUGUGUAUGCAGCUGUACCCGGCAACCGCGCUCCUGGUCAGAGACAGAGUGUGUCCCAAGAGACUCGUUAAAAGCGGAAACAUAUGGAAUACAGUAGAUGCAGAUCAGCCCAAAAUGCUAACCGAUAUAAUUAUGGCGGAGGAAUUUGAGGUCAAAGAAGAUGGACCGUGGUACGACAGGCGCGAACUUGAACAUGAUCUGCGUCUGGCUGCGGAGCUGGGAAAGACGCUUCUGGAGCGAAACCACGAGCUGGAGGAGGGGCUUCAACACAUGUAUUCCACCAGUCAGGAGCAGCAGCAGGAGAUCGAGUACCUGGCCAAACAGGUGGAGCUCCUGCGGCAGGUGAACGAGCAGCACGCCAAGGUGUACGAGCAGCUGGACGAGGCAGCCCGGGACCUGGAGCUCGGCAACCAGAAGCUCCUGCAGGACAAGCGUAGCGCCCAGCACCGGAUACACAGGCUGACAGAUACCAUAGAUGGGCUGCAGGUUCACCUGGAGGAGCUACAAAAGCAGGUGGAGGACCUGCAGGUGUCCCCAUUGCACCACCCCAGUCCAGCACGGGUGGAGCAGAAACGCCUGGCCACGCAGAGCAUGUGCUGCCUGACACAACUGUACCGCACACACCUGCCCAGGUGUGGGGUGCACGACAGCAGCCUUGACGAUGACACCUGGUUGUCGAGGGAGACGAGCCUGACAGACGAGAACAGCACCCUUCAGCGUUCCAUACGCACCCUACGGUCACAGCUGGGGGCGGAGCGGGCGUGGCGCGAGGAGGUGGAGCAGGAGGCGGAGUCAGCAGCGCGAGAGAACGCCGAGCUGGAGCGACAGGUCGCCGAGCUGGAGGCCGCUUGCGGCCGGGAGCAGGUCCAGGCGCUGGAGGCGGAGCUAGAGGAGCUGCGGCAGCACUGGCGUGCCGAAGCAGGCGGGGCCGGGAAGGCCGGCAACCCGGCGGAGGACGCGCUGUUUGUACCGCUGGAGGAAGAGGCGGAGCCUGCGGAGGACGCAGGGGCCGAGGAGGAGGUUGGGCCGAGCGGGGGCGCCCGCGUCCCGGAGGGCGUUCUCCAGAGCUCGAGCGCGGAGGAGAUCCGCAGGGGUCACGACCUCACCUGCAUCCGCCGUGCGCGGGCCGCCAAGCGCCGCGGCGUGUCGCUGCUCAGCGAGGUCGACGCCCAGUACAGCGCCCUGCAGGUGCGCUACGAGGAGCUCCUCCGGCACUGUCAGCAGGGGCCGGAUGGGCGGAGCCACAAGGCAGUGCAGACCCGAGACCACUCCGCUGCAGUCACGCCUACCCAGUUCCCCUGCCUGGACGACGACUCCCAGCCGCCUGAGUACAGAGCUCUGUUCCAAGAGAUCUUCACCUGCAUCCAGAGGACCAGACAGGACCUGAGUCAGGCACAGUGACUGGUCCACAGUGUCUCUCACAGUGACCGUUCUACAGUGACUGUCUCACAGUGACCGUUCCACAGUCUCUCUCAGAGUGACCGUUCCACAGUGUUCGUCUCACAGUGACAGUUUCACAGUUAUGGUCCUGAGAGUGUGUCACUGUUUUCUUGGCUGCAGUUGAUCAGUGUUAAAAACAACAGUGAGCGACACCCCCAUUGUGAAUGCAGUAUCUCCGUCUCACCUGUAGAUGCCAACGCAGCUGUGGGUUGUUGUGAAGGCUUUGAGUCUAUGGAAGGCAAACUUAGGCUUAGGGUCCCAAACAUCUCUCCUUUCUGAGAGACCGGACUGAACCGGUCUGCACCCUGGACCCCACCCUGAAUGUGACCGCACCAUCCCCAGUCUCCCCCAGUAAUAACACCCCCUCCCCUUCCCUCCCCGACUCUUGCGUGCUGCUUAGUAGUGUUUAAACGUCUUCAUUACUAUAGCGGUGCCUAGCGGUUUCAUUUAUGCUAAUCUGCCUGUGCCAGUCCGUGUACUGCUUCAGGUCACAUGGUCACAUGGGGAACCAGUGGCAUUUAUUAGAUGCAGAUUCUUGAGGUGUUUAGUGCCGUUUGUAACUGUAAGAGCAUUAACAUGAAGUACAGAAUGUAGCUGUGACAACAUUACUCUAGAUAAUCUCGUUAAUACUCCAGAUAAUAUCGUAUGCGAUAGACAAGUAGUUGUAGCGUGUCUGAGUAGCGGUGUAGCAUAAUGAUUAAGGGAACUGGCCUUAUAACUUUUUGACUCCCAGAUGAGGCACUGCCAGUGUACUCUUGAGCAAGGUGCUUAAACUGAAUUCAGUAAUUCUGCUUCAGUAAAUAUCAAAUAUCCAUUUGUAUAAAUGGAUUGCAUGUAAAGAAUGUAAGUUAUGCAAGUCACUCUGGAUGUGAGUGUCUGUUAGAUGCCUAAAAAGUAAAUGCCUUCUUGUGCAGCACUGACCGGUCUCUAAGGCCGUGGGCUGGGCUGUUAUUAACUGUGUUUUCAGUGCAGCUGGAGCAGACACGCACCACACCCACGCUGUUACGCACUUUAGGCUAAUAUCGGCUGUCUUUUUGGGUGUGCGCUUUAUUUAUUUUUUGUGUACCUGCCCUCUUUAAUGAUUUACCAAUGUAGUUUAUGUUCCCAUUCACUAAUGUGAUGUAAAUGUAGCUAGCGCAAUUGAGAUGAGCUGUGUUAAUUUGCAGGUCUGAAUAAGUGUUACGUUUAUUUUUGUGCACUUCAUGUUGUGAAACCUGCCAAUUUGCAGAGGUGUGUAACGAGCAGAGAGGCAAGGCAGGGUUUGGAGGAAGAGGAUUAUGGGUACAGAAGCAGUCAGUGUGGCUGGGUGGCUCAUUGUAUUAGGAUACUGUUUCAGUGCAUAGAUGGGCCCAGCCAUCUGGAUCUGGUUUGGAACUUCUACUGCACCAGUGUCAACUGUGGCCAGCAGCUCUGCCAGGUAAUGUGUAAAUCAGAGCUGCUCAAUCCUGUUCCUGGCGAUCUGCUGUCCUGUAGGUUUUAACUGCAGCCCUAAGAAAGCACACCUCAUUCAACAGCUAGAGAUCUCAUUAAGCUGCUAAUCAGUAGAAUCAGGUGUACUAAAUUAGGAUUGAACUGAAAACCUACAGGGCAGUAGACCUCCAGGAACAGGGCUGGGCAGCCCUGGUAUAAGUGAAAGCCCAGGCCGCUUAUCGGCUGCCCAUAAACGACACCUAAAAAGAACCUAACCGCCUACUGGCCGUUAAAUUAUUGGGGAUGGGUUGGAAAGGAUUCCUUGCAGUGCUGACAGACCCGCUCUUUGUUCCCGCCUACCCCUGCCUCGCCUCAUUUCAAAUGCAGAAAUUUCUCUGGGCAUCAGAAGGCCAGGCUGCUUUUCUGCGUGUAGAUAUAAAGUUACCAGACUGGUCCAGUUUGUUCAAAGGAAAGGAAAAAUGCACUUGUGUGGGAGAAUGGAGCUGUUCUUGAGAAGAAAACCUGAAUGUAAUUCCAUACCCAAGAUACGUUCCUGAGAGUCUAGAGCUUCACACAGCCAUUCCUGCAGACUGAAUGGCAAACGUCAGUCCACAUAUAUGUUAGGCUCCAAGGAGCCCAGUAAUUAGAAACUCUCAAAGAGAUUUGGCAUCAGAGAGGGUAAAUACUUGGAGAAUGUUUCCUGAUGACUCAGUUCUUACUUAGUGAUGCUUUUCUUUCAAACUAUUUGUUUCUGGUUUCUGGUUGACGCUAAUAUCGCUUCUCAUUACCAUGCUACACUGUUCAUUUUGGCUGAACAAGCUGAGGAAAUUCACAGGCCAGCCAGUUCACAUUUUAAUGCAUAAUUAUUACUUUUUUUUUUUUUUUGAUGACAUAAACCCUCAAGACUAGCACCUGUAUUGGUGUGUACAAUGGAGCUUUGAUGGACAGGGGAGGGAGAAAUGGCCAGCUGUGUUAAUCUUAGUCUUUAUAAACUGUUGGCACUCAUAUCACUCAGGGUAGAGUCCACUGACAUCAUACCCUGAGUUCACACAUAAAAGUGGUCCGUCCACACCCAAUGACUCCCUGGAAGUCCCUCUAGCUGCUGUCCCAGCCUAAUCUUGUUUUUAAAGAUGUCUGGGACACAGAAUUAAUUUAUUGCUAUUUAUUUUUUGUUUUGUAAAUAACAGAUGUAUAUGACUUCAGUAAUGGAAAACGAGGCUUUAGAAAAAAAUUAAACAUGCAUGGUAUAGCUUAGCAAAGAUGCUAAAGAAGUUAUUUGAUAUCCAUGUGUAAUUUGAGGAUGGAAAGCUUUUAAGGUUAUUGAACUGUCUGCUGCCAGAGUCUGUUCUACACCUUACAGGUGCAUUUGCUGUCAGGUUAUGACCAGUAAACACAUGUGUGAGUCUUUA